CGCGGCCGGCCGGGUGUUUGGAGGGGCAACUCGGGAACCCGAGGCAGACGAGCGCGGCCACCAUGUUCCGAGCAGUGGCUCCUGGGCAGCUCCGGCGGGCGGCCUCUCUGCUGCGGUUCCAGAGUACACUGGUGAUAGCUGAGCACUCCAAUGACUCCCUGGCCCCCAUCACUCUAAACACCAUCACGGCAGCCAAGCGCCUGGGAGGAGAUGUGUCCUGCCUAGUGGCUGGAACCAAAUGUGACAAGGUGGCACAAGAGCUGUGUAAGGUGGAAGGUGUGACGAAAGUCCUGGUGGCUCAGCACGAUGCGUACAAGGGCCUGCUUCCAGAGGAGCUGACACCACUGAUCCUGGCAACGCAGAAGCAGUUCAAUUACACACACAUCUGUGCCGGAGCAUCUGCCUUUGGAAAGAACCUUCUGCCUAGAGUAGCGGCCAAGCUUGAUGUUGCCCCCAUUUCUGACAUCAUUGCCAUCAAGUCUCCCGACACGUUUGUGAGGACUAUUUAUGCGGGAAAUGCUUUGUGUACAGUGAAGUGUGAUGAGAAAGUGAAGGUGUUUUCUGUUCGAGGAACAUCUUUCGAAGCUGCGGCAACAAGUGGAGGUAGUGCCAGUUCAGAAAACGCUUCUAGUACCUCACCGGUGGGGGUGUCCGAGUGGCUAGACCAGAAACUAACCAAGAGCGACCGGCCAGAGCUGACGGGUGCCAAAGUGGUGGUCUCUGGUGGUCGGGGCUUGAAGAGCGGAGAGAACUUUAAGCUGCUGUAUGACCUGGCAGACCAGCUGCAUGCCGCAGUUGGUGCUUCUCGAGCUGCUGUUGAUGCUGGCUUUGUUCCCAAUGACAUGCAAGUUGGACAGACAGGAAAAAUUGUAGCACCAGAACUUUAUAUCGCUGUUGGGAUAUCUGGAGCCAUCCAGCAUUUAGCCGGGAUGAAAGACAGCAAGACAAUUGUGGCUAUUAACAAAGACCCAGAAGCCCCCAUUUUCCAGGUGGCUGACUAUGGAAUAGUCGCAGACUUGUUUAAGGUAGUUCCUGAGAUGACUGAGCUGUUGAAGAAGAAAUAAGCUACAAUCGCAGAGAACGUUCGAAUUAGCCCACAUCACAGACACGCCGGGUACUGCCAUCGGCCGGGGGAGAACUACAGGUCUUAACACCAAGGAAAAACUAACAGAAGCCAGAAUACUUUUUCUUUUUAUGGAACUAUGACGUUUCUUUGUAAUUAUUCAUGGUUACAAACAAUUAUUUUUUUCUGAAAUUUUCUAAUUAUGUAAUAAAACCCACAAUAAAACCUGUCACAGCUUUGAAACUGUCA